GAUGUGCGCAAAUCAAAUUCGGUGGAAAGUAAAAAAGUUAACGUAAGUAACUUUGACUUGUACUGUUGUUAUGUUUACGAUGUUUUACAUCUCACACAAGUGUAAUAUUUCAUCAUUGAAUAUUAACUAUUAUGCUUAAAAACAAACACGUUCUGCUUAAAAGCUGAACAAUAAAAAAUAUAGUGAAAUAUAAUGUAGUGUUUCUUUUCUUUUUUUUAUCCCUUUUUAAUUUCGCUUAGUUUUAUUAUAUCAGUGAUUCUUGUAUGUUGUAUCAUGGGAAAACUUGAAAUCAGUGCAUAAAUUUAAUACUGUGUUAUUUAUAAAUUUUUUAUCUAUUUACAUUGGAGACAAAUAAAAAAUAAGGAGCAAAGCUAACUAUACCGUGUCCGGAGGUUAAUAACCGACAUUCUUUAUCCCUGCAGUUUUAAUAGUAAUUAGAACGUGUAUAAAUAUGAAAAUAAUGGUAUGAAGAUUUUUUUGAAGUUUUGACUGACUAAAAAUGUGUUCUGUUAACCGUACUAAAUUGUGACAAGAAAAUAGUGUACUGUUUAGACCGUCACUCUGUAUUGUGCAGGGCGCCGCGGGGGCGGGGGUGGGGGCGGGCGCGGGGGAGGAGUCGCGGUGCACGCUGGAGGUGCGCGGCAUGACGUGCGCGUCGUGCGUGGCCGCCAUAGAGAAACACUGCGCCAAGAUAUACGGUCACACACCAAUAUUAGCAUUACUAUUAUUAUUCUUCCCUUGUGAUUUAUCAGCUUGAAGCUGAUUAGUUUUCCGUAAUACCGGCCACUGUUAAAGUUUCACGCUGCAUGAACUUUGACUAUGCGGAUGGCGGCUUUAUGUAAUAUGUUGAUUGUAUUUUAAUUGAUAUUAAUUUCAGGUGUCGUUGAUUUUAUUAUUAUUAUUAUAUACAGAUAAAUUCACUACGAAUUUAAUAUAGACUUCAGAAAUAAAUCUAUUUUAAGCCUUUAUUUGUUAAUACUUAAGUUCAAAAUUGAUUGCUCUCUUCACGAAUUACCUUUUACUAGAUCAAUAUAAUUUAAUAAAUACAGUAAAUAUUUAUAAAUGAUUGCAGGCGUCCGGUCGAUACUGAUAGCUUUACUAGCGGCCAAGGCGGAGGUCCGGUACGAGCCGCGGAAGAUAUCCGCUCAGGACAUAGCCGAUUCUAUCACCGAGUUGGGUUUCCCCUCGCAAGUGAUAAGCGACUGUGACGGCAGCGGACUUAAGGAGCUGCAAGUUACAAUAAAAGGUAUGACAUGUGCGUCGUGUGUAAAUAAAAUUGAGAAGACUGUACUUAAAUUGACCGGAGUGACGUCGUGUGCCGUCGCCCUUACAACCUCCAGGGGUAAAAUAAAAUAUAACGCGGAGCAGAUCGGUCCCCGCACUAUAUGUGAAGCGAUCAGCUCGCUCGGGUUCGAGACGGCGGUACUAGGACCGCAGAACAAGGGAGAAACGCACUAUUUAGAACACAAAGAGGAGAUAAAGAAAUGGCGGACGGCGUUCCUGAUAUCGUUACUGUUCGGCGGGCCGUGCAUGGCGGCGAUGGCGUACUUCAUGGUGGCGAUGUCGCACGCGCACCACAUGGUGGCCGUGCUGCCCGGCCUCAGUCUGGAGAACCUCAUCAUGUUCCUGCUGGCCACGCCCGUGCAGGUACGUACCACCUACCGUUUGAUCCUAACGACAUUGCUACUAGGUGAUAAUUCAUAUUUCAAUUUUGUAUUGGUGAAAAAGAUUUUUAAAAGGUUUCGUUCAGUGGUUUUAGAGCUGUCUGUUACAAACAAACAAAGAAUAUUAGAUGCAAAGAUGUAGAUAGAAAAAAAUACAAUUGAUCAUAUCUUUCCUCUUUAUCAUAUCCUAGAAGUAGAGAAUAAAACGAAACCCAUCUUAUUUAUUAUAAUUUCGACAACUCUUUAUAGGACACGUAUUUUCCAGAUACAAUUUAAAUUUAAUAAUGAAGUUAUAUUGUAGAAAAAUUAUUUAAUAUAUUUUUAUUUACAAGAAAUGCUCAAGGUUUACUUUAUUAAACAUGAAUGCUUUUUAUGUACAUUAAUAAUAAAUUAUAUUAUAAUCAUUAAUCUGUAUAAUUUACAAUGUUAAUAUAUUUCAAUGAUAAAAAUUCAUGAUAUUAAUAUUUAAUUGUAUAAUGUGAAUAUAGUAAUAUAUCGUUUUGGAAACUUUUUUUAUUUUAGUUUAUAGGCGGUUGGCAUUUCUACAAGCAGGCGUAUAAAGCUGUGAAACACGGAACUACCAAUAUGGACGUGCUCAUAUCACUCACCACUACUAUAAGCUACGCGUACUCGCUGGCGGUGGUGAUAGCCGCCAUGGCGCUGCAGCAGGAGACCAGUCCCAUGACGUUCUUCGACACGCCCCCCAUGCUCCUCGUGUUCGUGUCCCUCGGCCGCUGGCUGGAGCACAUCGCCAAGGUCGACACCGGACCGUUAGUGUUUAUAUAGAGAAUCGUACUCCGAAUGGAUGAGUAACAAUGUAUCGGUCGGCAAUCGGCAGGGCAAGACGUCGGAGGCGCUGUCGAAGCUGCUGUCGCUGAAGGCGGCGGAGGCGGUGCUGGUGGAGCUGGACGCGGCGCACAACGUGCUGCGCGAGCGCUGCAUCGCCACCGACCUGGUGCAGCGCGGGGACGUGCUCCGGGUGAGGAUACCUACUGUUGGUUGAGUGCCCUGAAUAGGGGGGGGGGAGACAUCGAGAUGUUAACCGUUGACCCCGGGGGGUUCGGCUCAUCGGUUUUGAAUACAGCUGACUCCGUGAAGGGGAACGAUUAGCCAGAUCGGAUAGGGGAGGACGGUUCAUGCACAUCAACAAUUUAAAAUGUUUAUUAUAUCUACUUAAUUUUUGUUAUGUAUAUGUACUUAAUUUAUUUUAUUUACCAAAACAAUGUUAUUUAAACAUUGGUCUUUGUUUUUCCGGGUGUGGAAAAAAAAAUAUUAUUAUUUUCCAAUUUUAGGCUUUAAAACAAUACUUUAAAGUAUAUUUUGUAACAUUGUUUGUUGGUAAGGGGUAGAUAAUCAUAG